CACAAGCAGGGGGAGCGGCAAGCAGAGGGAGAGGGAGAAGCAGACUCCCCGAGGAGCAGGGAGCCUGACUCGGGACUCGAUCCCAGGACCCUGGGAUCAUGACCUGAGCCAAAGGCAGACGCCUCACCAACUGAGCCACCCAGGCACCCUGAAAAUAAUCUUUUUAACAAUCUUAUCUGCAUGUAAGGUCUCAUGCAUCCUGUUGGCAGGUAUAUAAAGACUAAAGUCAAAAGCUUUAAAAGGGAGAGGAAAGUCGACCUUACCGAACGUGGAACAGUGGUGAAGGUUGGAUACCCAUUUGGAGAGCCUGUUUCCACUAGAACCCAUGUUUCUCUGGAUCUCACGUGGCACAUAAGCACACAUUGCAGCAGCACUGGGGGCCCCUGAGGACCAGGAAGCUAGAAUUCUGGAUUAUCGGGCCCCCUCUCCGUGCCCAGCCCCCGCCCCCUCUGCAGGCUUUCCAUAGCUCCAAGUUCAACCCACCCCUGAGGUGGUGAGCCGCACAGACUGUUCCGUAGCUCAGCUUGCACCCAGGAGCCCACCUAGAUCUCCACACUCUGGAAGUCAGAGAGAACACUGACCCCGAGAGCCUUCUCCAGAGCAGGGGGUGAGAUGAAAGAGACGCUCCUUACCGUCGAACCAGGGCUGAGGCUCUACAUGCAGAAAUUGGCUUCUGAGACAAUGAAAAGGAAAGUAAACUUGUUUGAACAAAAGGAGUUUCUCUUCCUUCAAGCCACACCAGCCUAUAAGCCUUCACAAAGCAGGGGUGGCAGCUCCUGAUAGACUGAGUGGCUCAUUGUUAAGAUAAGAGGUGUGCACUCCCUGGCCAGGAGACCUCAGCGCUCAAACUAUCGGCGGUCUACAUCGAAGCGAAGCUCCAGGAUAUGCAGAACCUUCUUGCAGCGCCUGACCCACCACCAUGAGGACCUGGCUGCCUCGACUCAGUCGUCUGGACCAUGCCACCAAAUGGCUCUUGGUUUUGGCCGUGUUGGUCUUCUUCAUCUUCAUGCUGCCCUCCUUUAUGAAGGAGCCCAAUACAAAAGCUUCCAGGGAUCAGCACAUGCUUGGCAAGAAGAGGUAUCCAGAGUCACUCCACAAGGCUGCAUGGCAGGCCGCCACCGCGGGAGGAAGGACAAGGGCCCCGGGGGGGGCGUCAGCCCAGGAGGGUAGCACACAGGCCCCCCCGGCCCAGGCCACCGCCUGCCCCACCCACAGCGACACCAGAGCAGAGGCCAGCGUGGCCGCCUCAGCUGGGCCGGCCCCACCGAGGGGUCAGGAGAGGAAGGACACCGUGCUGGACACGCUGCCCCCGAGGGUACGGGAUGGGAGGGUGGCCUCUGACGGGGCAGAGACACUGUCGCUGAGGAGUCAGGAUGCCAGGACCAUCAAAGGAAGGCAGGACCAGAACAAGGAGCCCCCAGCCACCAGGAGGGAGCCCCCAAACCCUCAGGGCAAAGUGCGGACCACAGCAAGGACACCCGGGCUGAAAAGCCAGGACAAGGCGCUGACCAGGCCAGGAGCAGGGUCACCGGGGAGGGCAAUGAAAGGAGUGACCACAGCGGUUGUCCCCCACUGGGAGAAAGCCCGGGUCACGCCACCCUCCACCCCUUUCCAGAGCCUCAUCACUCAGAGAAGUCCAAGUCUGCGGGCCACCAACUUCAAGUCUGAGCCCCAGUGGGAUUUUGAGGAACAAUAUAGCUUUGACACGGGAGCCCUAAGAUCGACCUGCCCCGACUCAGUGAAAGUCAAGGCCUCCAAGACACCCUGGUUCCAGAAACUCUUUCUGGCCAACCUCACCCUCUUCCUGGACUCCAGCCGCUUCAACCAGAGAGAGUGGGAGCGCCUGGAGCACUUCGCACCGCCCUUCGGCUUCAUGGAGCUCAACUACUCCUUGGUGCAGAAGGUGGUGACUCGCUUCCCUCCGGUGCCCCAGCAGCAGCUGCUCCUGGCUAGCCUCCCUGCUGGGAGCUCCCAGUGCAUCACCUGUGCCGUGGUGGGUAACGGGGGCAUCCUGAACAACUCCCACAUGGGCCAGGAGAUAGACAGCCACGAUCACGUGUUCCGACUGAGCGGAGCCAUCACUAAGGGCUACGAACAGGAUGUGGGUACCCGGACGUCCUUCUACGGCUUCACCGCCUUCUCCAUAACGCAGUCUCUGCUUGCCUUGGGCGGUCGGGGUUUCCCGCACGUGCCUCUGGGGAAGGAUGUCCGCUACCUGCACUUCCUGGAGGGCACCCGAGACUAUGAGUGGCUGGAAGCGCUGCUUCUGAAUCAGACCCUGGUGAAAAGUAGCCUUUCCUGGUUCAGGCGCAGGCCCCAGGAGGCUUUCCGGGAAAGCUUGCAGCUGGACAGGUACCUGUUGCUGCACCCAGACGUAAUCCGUUACAUGAAGAACAGGUUUCUGAGGUCGAAGACCCUGAACUCUCGCCACUGGAGAAUCUAUCGUCCCACCACGGGGGCCCUCCUGCUGCUCACGGCCCUUCAGCUCUGUGACCAGGUGAGCGCCUACGGCUUCAUCACCGAGGGCCACGAGCACUUUUCUGAUCACUACUAUGAUAAGUCCUGGAAACGAACCAUCUUUUACAUCAACCAUGACUUCCCGUUAGAGAGAACACUCUGGAAGCGGCUGCAUGAUGAAGGUAUAAUCCGGCUGUAUCAGCAUCCCAUAAUUUCCAAACCAAAGAUGUGACUGGAGCCUGGGCCGCAGCAG